AUGCCGGCGUACGAUCCCAAAGACGACGUCGACCGCCUCUUCGCCUGCUUCAAAUGCGGCGUCUCCCCUCCCAAAUCGGCGUUCAGGGAGAGGCCGCUCCCGCAGGCCAAGAAGUCGCGGGGCUCGCCCGUGUCGGUGAUUGCCAGUAGCGGUGGCGGGACCUCCUCCGAUUAUUCCACUGCGUCUUGUGAUUCCACGCCGGAUGCCGCAGCGGACAAGCAUGCGGCGCCAUCGUCGUCGGCGAGCAAAUUUACAGGCCGCAAGCAGGUGUCCCCAGUCGUGUUCUACGGUACCCCGCAAGGCGUCCAAGUGAAACAGCCGCAGAGCUUCUUGAAGCUGCUGCACGUGAUCCGCAUUGAUCUGAAGAAGCAAACGGACUUUAUCCCCAGGGAUGUUGUCUGGGCUACAUUUCCUAGGCAAGAUGGGGCAAUCAGGUUCUCUAAGGCACACACGCAUACCAACGUCUUUAGCUAUCAAGAUCAUAGGUCCGGGACAAGAAGGUUCCUUGUGUCUACAUACGAGGAGUUCUGGAAAAGGUACAAUGAUAUGGAUUCCAAAAUUCGCCACCAUUAUGAGGUUAUCCAGGAGGGUUCGCCUUGCCACAUUUACUUUGAUCUUGAGUUUGAUACAAGAUUAAACAAGAAGAGAGAUACAGAUGAAAUGGUGGAUAUAUUGAUCGCUGUUGUAUUCAGUGCCUUGCGUGAUAAAUAUUCUAUUGAAGGACAUGAAGAGUGGAUCACAGAGUUAGACUCAUCCACUGAAGAAAAGUUUUCACGCCAUCUAAUCAUUCGUAUACCCAAGAUUGCAUUUAAAGACAACUCCAAUGUUGGUGCGUUUGUCUGUGAGGUCUGUUCACAAAUCGCAGCUCAGCGUGCAGCCAAUCCUGACCUUGAUAAACUAUAUAUUACAAAAGAAAGCAGCUCAGGUCCUGUUGAUCAGCUCUUUAUGGAUACUGCAGUUUACUCUCGUAAUCGUUGUUUCCGUUUAGUUUUCUCAUCAAAGUCUGGGAAGAAAUCAUUUCUUGUGCCAACCAAACGUUUCAAAUGCCAGGAAAUGAAUGAUAAAGAUGUCUUUAUGGAGUCACUUAUUUGUAGACUGGAUGAUAACUGUGAAAAACUGUUGAUAUGCAAACUAGACUUGGAAUGCAAGAAAACAUUGCAUUUUGACUCUGAAAUCAGCAUGCCUCAAAUUCAAGGAAGGAGCUAUAGCGACCGCAUUGCUACAUAUCGAAGUGAUUUUUCUCAUGCAUAUACUUAUGGAAAAUCUCCUUUUCCAGCUUUGGAUGGCUUUAUAGAAUCCAUCGCUUCUUUUGGAAAUGUUUCAGGGAAAAUUCGAUCUUGGUUCUGGUUUUCUCAGGAGAGUUUGAUAAUCUAUAACACGUUAAAGAGCAGAUACUGUGAGAAUAUUGGAAGAGAGCAUAAGAGCAAUCAUGUGUUUUACAUUGUUGAUUUCCAAAGAGCAGCAUACUACCAAAAGUGUCAUGACCCUGAUUGUCAAGGUUACCGUUCUCCCUUGCGUCCUGUACCUUGGGAUGUGAUUCCUGAGCUGAUGGAAUCAGACCAGACAGAAUAUCAGGGCAAUGUCGUGGAAAGCAACAUUGAAAACGGCAACAUGAACGGUAAAUCCAUCAUUGAGGCUGGUGCGGAGGAUCCUGAAUGGUGGGAAGAAGUGGUGAAAUUUGCGGACAGCAUCGAGAACAUGGAUCGUGCUCUGUGUACCUUGGAAGUGAAAUCUGAUGUCAGCAUGGAGAACAUGGAUCAUGCUCCUAGCACUUGUACCUUGGAAGUGAAGUCUGACGCUAGCAUCGAGAACAUGGAUCAUGCUCCUAGCUCGUGUACCUCGGAAGUGAUAUCUGACGCCAGCAUCGAGAACAUGGAUCAUGCUCCCAGCUCGUGUACCCUGGAAGAAAACGGUUAUUUUGAUGCUGACCCUGAGUGGUUGAUACACGCGGAAAGUGCCAUGGACCAGUAUGAGGAACAAAGCGCGUGA